AAAAGUGAGGUUACCUAUGUCUAAGUUUGUUUACUAACACCGAAUCGAAAGAUUAAUUAUGAAAGAAUCAAAGGUCCAAGGCCAGACACCAAUAGAAGAUCUAAAAGAGCUACGUAACUAUUUCGCAACACACAAUGUGACCAGGGAGUAUAUAGCGCAUACUUCAAAAGUACAUUCCGUUGGCUGGUCAUGCGAUGGAAGGCGCUUAGCGUCAGGUUCUUUUGAUAAGACCGUUGUUAUUUUCAACUUGGAACGGAGUAGACUGGUACAAGACUUCGUGUUCCGCGGCCACACAGGCUCGGUGGACCAACUGUGCUGGCAUGCCUCACAUCCAGAUCUCCUCAGUACAGCUAGUGGAGACAAGUCUGUUAGAAUAUGGGAUGCACGGUCCCACAAAUGUGCAGCAGCAAUAUCUACAAAAGGAGAAAAUAUAAACAUAGCCUGGUCUCCAAAUGGCUCCACUAUAGCAGUGGGAAAUAAAGAGGAUCUAGUGUCCUUUAUUGAUGCUCGCACAUAUAAAGUUGUGACAGAAGAGCAAUUCAAUUUUGAAGUAAAUGAAAUAUCAUGGAACAUAACAUCAGAUCUCUUCUUCUUAACAAAUGGACUGGGAUGUGUUCAUAUAUUGACGUAUCCAUCCCUAGAACAGCAAACAGUACUGAAAGCGCACCCGGGCACUUGCAUAUGUAUAGAGCAUGCCCCCGGCGGUCGGUACUUCGCGACCGGAUCUGCGGACGCGCUUGUUUCACUAUGGGACACUAGUGAAUUGGCCUGUUUAAGAGUGUUUUCUAGAUUAGAGUGGCCAGUACGAACUCUAUCGUUCAGUUUCGACGGAAGACUGCUCGCGUCAGCAAGCGAAGAUCACAUUAUCGAUAUUGGUGACACGGAAACUGGAGAAAAAGUAGCAGAGAUCCCCGUACAAGCGGCGACAUUCACAGUGGCAUGGCAUCCCUCGAGAUAUUUAAUAGCUUACGCGUGUGAAGACAAAGAACCGCCAGAAAGAAAAAGAGAUACUGGCAACCUUAAACUGUGGGGAUUGAGUAGUAACUAGCAACAUUAGUAUAAGCAGAAACUAGGCAACAUUAAAAGACGUAAUCCUUUUUUGUGUAAGCACUGACGGAUGGAUUAUGAAAUUGAAUAAAAGUUAGAUAUAGUGCUAUUUUCAUCAGUAACAAUACAUUUGAUGUUGUUUUUUUGUAUUUAUAAUUCUAAAUAUUGAUUUAUUCAUUAGUUUGUAUCGAAUCAAUCUAAUAUUAGAUAAAUUUUGAUGAGAUUAUUGAAUAAACUGCUCUUGUUUGCCGAUGGAUUUACAAGCUUUUUUUUAUGUAAGAUUGUUUUUUUAUCUGAUUCGUAUCUAUUUGUUCCUUGACUAUAACAGAUAUGUAUAAAUAAAACUGUAUGAUAUAAGAAAUUGUGAUUAAAUUGUAAGGCAGUUAAAUAAAACAAUACUUCAUCUAA